CUCUCGGUGGCGGCGGAGGCGGCGGAGGCCAGGGAGGAAGAUGUCGUAAUGAGCGAUCCACAGACCAGCAUGGCCGCUACUGCCGCUGUCAGUCCCAGCGACUACCUGCAGCCCGCCGCCUCCACCACCCAGGAUUCCCAGCCAUCUCCUCUAGCCCUGCUUGCUGCAACAUGUAGCAAAAUUGGCCCUCCCGCCGUGGAAGCUGCGGUGACCCCUCCUGCUCCCCCCCAGCCCACACCACGGAAACUCGUCCCCAUCAAACCUGCCCCUCUCCCUCUCAGUCCUGGCAAGAAUAGCUUUGGAAUCUUGUCCUCCAAAGGAAACAUCCUUCAGAUUCAGGGGUCGCAACUGAGUGCAUCCUAUCCUGGGGGGCAGCUGGUGUUCGCUAUCCAGAACCCCACUGUGAUCAACAAAGGGACCCGAUCAAAUGCCAAUAUCCAGUACCAGGCCGUCCCUCAGAUACAGGCGAGCAACUCCCAGACUAUCCAGGUACAGCCCAGUCUCACCAACCAGAUCCAGAUCAUCCCUGGCACCAGCCAAGCCAUCAUCAGCCCCUCACCAUCCAGUCACAAGCCUGUCCCCAUCAAGCCAGCCCCCGUCCAGAAGUCGAGUACGACCACCGCCCCUGUGCAGAGUGGGGCCAAUGUGGUGAAGCUGACAGGUGGGGGCGGCAACGUGACGCUCACUCUGCCCGUCAACAACCUUGUGAACACCAGCGACGCCGGGGCAACCACUCAGCUCCUCACGGAGAGCCCCCCCACCCCACUGUCUAAGACUAACAAGAAAGCCAGGAAGAAGAGUCUCCCUGCCUCCCAGCCCCCUGUGGCUGUGGCCGAGCAGGUGGAGACGGUGCUGAUUGAGACCACUGCGGACAACAUCAUCCAGGCAGGAAACAACCUGCUCAUUGUUCAGAGCCCCGGUGGGGGCCAGCCCGCCGUGGUUCAGCAGGUCCAGGUGGUGCCCCCCAAGGCCGAGCAGCAGCAGGUGGUGCAGAUCCCCCAGCAGGCCCUGCGGGUGGUGCAGGCGGCAUCUGCCACCCUCCCCACCGUCCCCCAGAAGCCCUCCCAGAACUUUCAGAUCCAGGCGGCUGAGCCGACGCCUACUCAGGUCUACAUCCGUACGCCUUCCGGUGAGGUGCAGACGGUCCUUGUCCAGGACGGCCCCCCAGCAACAGCUGCAGCCCCCUCUGCCACCACCUGUAGCAGCCCUGCGUCCCGUGCUCCCCAUCUGAGUGGGACCAGCAGAAAGCACUCGGCCGCCAUCCUCCGGAAAGAGCGCCCCCUGCCAAAGAUCGCCCCCGCCGGGAGCAUCAUCAGCCUAAACGCAGCGCAACUGGCAGCCGCGGCCCAGGCCAUGCAGACCAUCAGCAUCAACGGUGUCCAGGUCCAGGGCGUGCCUGUCACCAUCACCAGCACCGGCGGGCAGCAGCAGCUGACGGUGCAGAACGUCUCUGGGAACAACCUGACCAUCAGUGGGCUAAGCCCCACUCAGAUCCAGCUGCAGAUGGAGCAGGCCCUGGCUGGAGAGGCCCAGCCUGGGGAGAAGCGGCGCCGCAUGGCCUGCACGUGUCCCAACUGCAAGGAUGGGGACAAGAGGUCCGGAGAGCAGGGCAAGAAGAAGCACGUGUGCCAUAUCCCCGACUGUGGCAAGACUUUCCGGAAGACGUCCUUGCUGCGGGCCCACGUGCGCCUGCACACCGGCGAGCGGCCCUUUGUCUGCAACUGGUUCUUCUGUGGAAAGAGGUUCACCCGGAGCGACGAGCUGCAGCGGCACGCCCGCACGCACACAGGGGACAAACGCUUCGAGUGUGCCCAGUGUCAGAAGCGCUUCAUGAGGAGUGACCAUCUCACCAAGCAUUACAAGACCCACCUGGUCACGAAGAACUUGUAAGGCCAACUGAGGCAGGAGGCCCCGAAGACACAGUCCCUCAUCUGCGUCCUGCCUGGGCCCCUGGUGGAAAGGAGGUCCCCGGGCUGCCGUCGGCCCCUCCCUUCUGUUCUGCGACUGUCCCCCCAGGAAGGGGCUCCGCUGCCCCUACUCGCCUCCCUCUCAAGCCCCUCGGCUCCGCCCCGGCCCUCCCCUCUCACCUCGAGCUCCCGGCCUGCCCAGACCGUGGACGUUGGCCGUGCCCAAUGAGACGUUCUAAACCAGGACGAGUGGGAACCCUUAUUUCCAAAGGAAAAACAUGAAUUUCACUCCGUCGAGGAGCAAAGUGAGCCCUCCCAGUCCUCUCCCCCAACACUGCCGGAGUCGCAUUGUGCCAUCUCUCUCUCUCUCCCCCCCCCGCCCCUCCCCAGCCCACCAGCCACCUCAGAUGCCCUGGGACCCUGCACCCAGGGCACCACUGGCACCCCCCUCCCCCCGGAGAGGCUCACGGGGCUGCCUCCACUCCACAUGCCCAGCCCUGCCACAGCUCUCCUCCAGCACAUUCCAACUUUCUAUUUAAAAAGUCAAGCUACCCACCGAUGCCCUCUUUUUCUAUGGAGAACGUUGCCUUAUACUCUACUUCAGAUGAUGAACACUGUGUAUUGUGUGUGCUUUAAAGUUUUAUUUAAUUGCUCCCUUCUUCCUGUCCUCGUUACUCACCUCCCCCACGCCUGCUUCAGUUUAGGGUUUGGGGGGCAAUGAAGAGCAUACAGAUUUUUUUUUUCCUCAUUCUAGCAAUUCUCUUUUCUAAAUGACACAGCAUUUCAACUCGAAUCUGGAUCCAGAUAAAAACACCUUCACCUCCUGACCCCUUCCCUCUCCCCCUCAUCCCACCCCAGCUGUGGCCCCAGCCCUACUCGUGUACAGUGUAUAUUGUAUAAUGGACAAUUGUGUCUACUACAUGUUUAAAAACAUAUUGCUUGUUAUUUUUGAGGCUUUUAAAUUAAACAAAAAUCCAACUUUAUUUUUAGUUGUAACUGCUUGAGGUAUGUUUUAUGAAUUAAGUGACAGAUUUGUUAUCCUUUAUUAACGAUGUACUUUGUUGGUCAGCACUGGGCUGACAAAAAUUUUUUCUUGCUAAUAAAUUUAGUUGCCUGAGGCAAAAU